UCAGAAUUUUAGUGAAAAGUUUAUUUAUUUUAAUUUUUAGGCGUUGCCUCGUUUUUGUCGCGUGGAUGAAACUAGUGCAGCUAGAGACGGCGCAAAAGGAAUGACAACUGGUUAUAUACCUCUUAGGCAAGUUACGACACAAAUUUGUGGAAUGAAUAGGACAGAAAAGGAUCAGUUGGAGUCUAAUAAAUGUUUGGGGUGGUUAGGUGGGCAGCUUUUGCUUCAAACUCAAUCAAAGACAGGAGGUUUUCAGAAGCCUAGAGACGUUGUCAGUACAGACUAUUACACAAAAGAAACAAAUAAAAGGCGGAAAACAAUAAACUUGGGGGAAGAAGAACAGUUGAAUGUAGCAUUACAAAAAAUUGAAAUUAAGGAAGAAAGUGCUUGA